AACGUUUGAUACUCAUGGUUAUCAUUUGCAAUUUAUAUCUGGAUAUCUUAGGCCCUUUUCACAUGGACGCGUAUCGUACGCGCGCUGAUGAAACGCGCAUACGACGCGUAUCAAAACGCGACACUCUGUUGUAUUCACAUGUAUGCGUACCAUACGCGAAACGCGGAUCAAACUGACCCCGGGGAAAUUUUGUCAUUUAAAGUUUAACUUCGGUAUAGACAACACCUAUAAUAACACUUAAUACAACUUAGUACAAGUUAAUUAAAAUAAAAAAUGAAUAAUCAAAGAGAAAAGCGGCUUAUACUUUUUACGGGGUAUUAUUAUUUAAAAAAAAAACAAAUGGCUAAAAAAAAUUGUGCUAAAAGACUUUGGGUUCACCCUUUGAUAGCCCAAAGGUCUUUAAAAGGUGCAUUUGCCACGAUGUUUUCUGAUCUCCGAGAGCACGAAGAUAAGUUUUUCAAUUAUUUCCGGAUGUCAAUCAAAAGUUUUGACGAACUAUUAUACAAACUAGAACACAAUUUAAAACGUUCAUAUUGUAUCAGAGUACCAAUAACUCCAGCAGAACGAUUGUGUGUAACAUUGAGGUAUUUAGCAACAGGAAAUACAAUGACUGAUCUUCAUUACACAUAUCGUAUGGGUAUCUCAACAAUAAGUGGUAUCAUUGAAGAUGUAUGUAAAAAUAUUUGGCAGCUCAAAACUGAAUGCAUGGCUGAACCUACGGAAGAUAAAUGGAAAGAAAUUGCAAAUGGUUAUCACAAAUUGGCAAAUUUUCCAAAUUGUAUUGGUACCCUUGACGGAAAGCAUGUAAGAGUUAUCAAGCCAACAAAAAGUGGCUCGUUGUUUUAUAACUAUAAACAUUAUUUUUCAAUUGUUUUGAUGGCCAUUUGUGACGCGAAUUAUUGUUUCACUUUUGUGGAUGUCGGAGCGCAAGGGAAAUUCUGCGAUUCAAGUGUGUUUAAAAACUGCGCAUUUUACCAGAAGCUUGAAAAUAACACUUUAAAUAUUCCUGACCCAAUGCCUUUUCCUGGAAACUACGAUGAAAGUUAUCCAUUCGUAAUAGUUGCGGAUGAAGCUUUUGGGUUAUCAAAAAACAUUUUACGGCCGUAUGCUCGAAAUAAUUUAAACUAUAAAAAAAAAAUUUUUAACUAUCGUUUAUCGCGUGCAAGGAGAAAUAUUGAAUGUAGUUUUGGAAUAUUAUCUAAUAAGUUUCGUAUUUUUCAUAAGCCAAUGAAUGUGAAUGUUGAGUUGGCCGUAUGUAUAGUAAAAGCAUGCUGUAUCCUGCAUAAUUUUAUACGCGUUAGAGAUGGAUUUAAUUUUGAAAACACUCUUAGCAUUGAAGGUUUAGAAAAUGUAAACGAGGUUAAUAUACGAAAUAAUAAUGUGACUAGAAGUGGUAAUACAAUAAGAGACAAGUUUGCCAAUUAUUUUAUAAGUGAUGCUGGAAAAUUAGAAUGGCAAGAUAAAUGUAUUUAAUAAAAUCUGAUGAAGUAUUAAAAAGAAUUUGAAUUAUAGUAUAACAGUUAAAAAGAUAAACACAUUGAGGUUCUAAGUAUACGAGUACAAUAAUAAAUAAUUUUUUUUU